AUGAACGACAUCCAAGCUUUACAGUCGCAACUACCAGAGUUCCGCGAGUCUCGACUACGGUCGCUCUACUCCGACUUUGUCAAACUCAAGCAGUUGAACCCCGAGGGCUACGAGGCGAAUUUGCGUGCUUGGAAGGCGCUAUUCAGCAAGGUCAUCACUAGCGAUUUCUUCCAUCAGCACAGCGCGAUAAGCCUACGUGUCAACGCGGCGGGUUUUAGUAUACCGACUUAUGGCGAGCCGCGGAAUUUGAAAGAGGUGGUUCAAGAGUUUGUCAAUGAUAGAUUUUUGGUGCCGCGGAAAUUGUAUGUACAAGCUAGUACCGAGUAUGGUGCUGUUGUGAAUGGUGGAUUCGGGUGGGGAAUUUUGAAAAACUGGAGCGAGCGAAUUCGUUUGAACUCGUACCGCGCGGAUUUGAACGACGAGUUUAUUUACUGGGAUGGCAUGGUUCGACGAGCUUUGCAAUUGGCCCAGAUGAUUCACGUUGAUCCUGAUGGUGAUGAUGGGGGCAAAUCGCGAGCAAGUGGGUAUUUGGGUCGAUUGUUUAGUUUGCAGUCGCUAGAAGCCAAGUUUCCCUAUGUGUCACGGCUGGACUUGGAGCUAUACGUAACUUAUUGGCUGAGAGAUCUGGGUAAAUGCCGCGUCAGGCACGUCGAAGACCGCAUUUACAUCAAAUGGGGUGGCGAAGAAGCGGUGAGUGACGAAGAUGUGGCUGCGAUAAACAUCAUGUCCGUGUUGCUGAAUCUUGAGUCCAAGAUUGGCCAACUUGAGUCGCGAAUCGGUGCCAUUGAAUAUCUGCUGGUUUUGAAGUUGAACAAGGAGUUGCAGCGCGGGAAAUUGGCGCAGUUGAUGAAGCGGCGGCGACAGUUGAUGCAAAUCUUACAACGCACACUGGACCAGCACGAUGAGAUCCAGCGUGUGUUGCACAAGCUAGACGAAGCCCAUUUCAACGCCAAGUUUGUUGAUGCCUUGGGCGAGAGCUUAAAAGUGUUGAAGUUGAUGAACAAUAAAGUUAGUUUGGAGGAUGUGGACAAGAUUCGCGAGGAAUUGGACGAGGAAGUUGCUAAAGUUGAUGAUGUUGGUCAACGAUUGGCGGAAGGUGCCGCUGAGUCCAUGGAUGAGGUUGAGAUUGAGCAAGAAUUGGCUCAACUACAGCGGGAACACGAUGCCGUUAUGAACCCACCGGCGCUGGAGAAGCAAGAGAAGCAAGAGUCUGAGGAUGCCACCACCGUUGAGGAUGACGCGUUGGUGGAGAGAUUAAAGAAGUUAAAGAUGGAACCUGUCCCUGUAGAGGAACCAAAGGCUGAAGCAACCAAGGAACCAAAACCUGAAGCGUUGGUAGAGUAA